UUCGCUUUUGCUACCAUGUCAAUGCAAAAUGCCAUCACGAACAUCGUUUAGCGGCGGCAGUGCGGCCAUCUUGGUGGCGCUACUGGUGGCUAUUGUCCUUCAGACGUGGCACCACCCCUCAUCAUCCUUCUCAGUGCGCGGCAUUCCUUCCAUAGAAUGGCAUGACUCGGUCCUCCCGAGCUUGCAUGCGGCGCGGACACCAGUCUUGCUCGUCCAUUCCCCAACUGACAAGUGGAACACGGCGCAGUGGACGCUUGCGCACGUUCUGUCGCGUUUCAACCGAAUCACUGUUCAUUCUGCUUCCCCACCUGUAUUCAAGCACUACGACCCGAGCUUGGAGCUCAGCUCCGUGUGUCCCCGUCCUUUCAACACGUCGACGGUCAACACCUCAUACGCCCACGCACUCCUCACGUCCACCCACACCGACAGGGACCAACACGACGAUGUUCCAUCCACUGGCUACUACAUCAAUGACGAGCUCCGCCUUCUGGCUCCGCACCUCGCCGCCGACAUCCGUCCAACGUCGCCGUUCGUCGCGCCCUCGGCGUCGUCCUCGACGUUUGUCAAACUCUGGGUGGGCGGGCCAAAAGUGGUCGCAAACCUACACUACGACGCAACGCACAACUUUUUCCACCAGAUCCACAGCCCUAAAACGUUCAUUUUGUUUCCCCCCGAUGCCUUCGACUCGUUGUACGUGCACUCGCGACUGCAUCCCAGUCAUCGGCAGUCGCAGCUCGACCUGACGUUGCCCGAGGCCGACCUCUUGGCCCGGUUUCCUCGGUAUCGGCAUGCUUUACCAUCUCGAGUACAAGUGACGUUGCAGCCUGGGGAGACCAUGUACCUGCCUCCAUUUUGGUUUCACUGCGUCAUCACGACAGCGCCGUCGAUAUCGGUCAACGUGUGGAGUGACAGCAUGGAGUUGUCGUUGCUGGAGUCGUUGCUGCAGAACGCGAUGCCGUACCUUUCCUCGUUUGAAGCCCACGGAUGGGUGCACGACCUGCCGAGUCACUUGUUUGCGUUGCAGCUGUACGUCACCACUCUACUAGGCCGAGUGAUGCCACACCCCCGAGACUGGAUUGCCAUGCACAUCGACUCCAUCACGUCGUCUCAAGGAGGUGCCGGUGCUGCUACUGCUUGGCCCCUCGACCCCUUCGACUGCGGCGCCCCGUCGCCUUCUCGUUGUACUCUCCAACGCAUCCACGACGCCAUGAAGUCCCAUGUUGACAAGGUCAUGGCGACCUCGUUCGACAGAAUGCCCACGAAUGCAUCCAAGGUGAUCUUGAUGUCCAGCUUCGUCGAGGCAGUGCUGGCCCAUACAGUCGACCCCGUGCACGUGCCUGCCUUUCUGCACGCAUGCAUCGCAACCCCCGACGAACGCGAUGUCUUUGAAACCAUCACCACCAACCAUUGAUCAAGCCCUACGUACUAUAUAUAGUAUGGGAGAUAUAGUUUUGGCAAACUAAUGUAUUGUCGAUUUGAUACAAA